AUGGACAGUGGCGUGUCAACGCCUGCAACGGCAACACCUGCGAAUGCAGGUGAUGGGAAUGGUGGACAUACAAAUCAGUCUCGAAAAACCACACCCCUUGCGCAGCUACUCACAGAGACAGCGCACGAGGCACAGCUGGAAACGCAGCGGAGCUUGAGUGGAGACAACGUCGGCCAUAGCAAGGCACGUCGAUCACUCUAUGCUCGUAGGCAAGGCACACCCCUCUCGGCAUCUUCUAAGCAAAGUCGGCCGCGUGUGCACAGCGAAAUGCAGCAUACCCUGCGUCGUGUCGUGUCCCCCCCGGCGUUGCAACCGCAACCUCCUCCUUCCACGUCGUCCAGCUUGUUUAUGCCUCAAGAAGCGAUGCUGGAUGAUUUGCUUGUAACCUACUCACUGACAGAAGCUGAGCCAUAUGAGGCGCUGACUCUAGAACAAGUCGCUGCGCUUCGCCAGCGUCAGGCAAAGCUUUAUGCACAUGUCAAGGAGCUGAAGGAGCGCAUGGAUUUGGAAGUCAAGAUGCGCGCAGCUGCUCAGCGACUGCAUACAUCGUAUCUGACAUCGGCGCCCUCUACGCCGCAGAAAGGCGGGAUAACCACGCCGCGCUCCUACGCAUCGCCCGAAAAAUCAUGGUCUACGCCGCGACGCGAUGCAGAAUCUGUGGCAUCGCAGCACGACGUUGAUGAGGCCGUGCAUCGUACAGACCAGAUUAUGGCACAGUACCAAAAAGCGGGAGAAGAGCUGCAUUCGGUCCAAACGCAGCUUCUUCGGCACCACAUUGCCGUGCUUCGCGACCAUCUUCGUGAAGCGCGUCGAUCAAACCAGACAUUGCCCACGCUCUGGAAUGCCACAGGACGGAACAUGGCAUCGAUACCAUUGCUUGCUACGUGGAUACCUCCAUCUCUGUCGGCCCAGCGUUCCCAGGAUUAUUCUAUGCUCACGCCUGCGAAGGUGGGUCUAGGUGCGCUUACGACGCCUAUUCGCUCCAUAUGCUCUUCGCUAUCGCCUCAAGGCGAAUGGGCCGUAGAGACUAAGGCUGCGACAGCCCCUGUCUCACCAGCAGCGGAGAAGAGUCCAGACGAGGACAAGGAGGAUCACUAUGUUUCGCGCUUGCUGCACGAUGUGCAAGAAUGGCACGAACGACGUCAAGACUUGACGCGUGAACUGAGCUCGGCUACAGAGCGCCAGCGCGCGUUGCAAAAACGUCUUUCUACAUUGUGCCAUGAGAAUAGCGAAGUGGCAGAGCGACUGGCCGCCUUGGCAUUGGACGACGAUUUGGAUGCACCUGCAUCCAAAUCGCCGGAAGAGACAGCACCGGAUGCGACACUGUGGGAUGCUACACUGCAUAUGACCAAAGCAGAGCACGCUGAUGCUAUGGCUUCCCUACAGGCGCAAUGGGAGGAAGAGCGUCAGCGUCAACAGCAAGCGCACGAUGACUUGGUGGCGACGUUGGCCUCUGCACGCACAGAGCAUACGAGGGAAAUGGAGCGCCUACAGUCAGAGCAUGCGACGCUUGUCAAAGAGCUUCAAGACGAACAUGCCCAACGCAUGGAGUCGCUACAAACGGAGCAUGCCUCGAGCUUGGCCGCUUUGCAGGACAAACACAAAGAUUAUGUAAAUGCAUUGCAAGAAGAGCAUUCGUCGUCCACGCAGCAGCUUUCGACACGGUACACGGACUCCUGUACACAAAUGGAAUCGGAGCUGAACAAGUGGCAAGACAAGCACGCGUCGCUGGAGAAGGAGGUCGUAUCUCUGCGUCAGCAGGCGAGUUCCCCGGGGCCAUCUGCGUCGGAAUCCAGUCCAUCGCUGAUGCCACGCAGCAUUUCGCAGCGUCUGCAAAGCAUGUUCCAGACGGACGAGACAGCCAAGUCGAAAGACCAAGGACUGGGUCUGCAGCUCGACGCGCGUAGUGUGUCUGACUCGCACAAAUCGACGCUGGAUGUCAAGCAGCUACAGCAGCAACUUGAGGCGGAGCGGUCGCAGAAAGAAAUGAUGGCACACCGUCUCGAAGAGGUAAUGACGAUGUACCGUGCCGCGGUCCAGUCGAAGGAGACGAAGCCUGAUGUGGCGGCCAAUACCACGUCGCUGCUCGACAUGGACUCGCCGGCAUCGCUCGAAGCGUCGGCCCUCCCGCCGGAGGAUCCUGCGCCGGCACCAUGGAAGCCAUCGAUGAAAGAGGAGAAGGCCACCACGUCGUCCCCCCCUGUGCCCUUGCCCGAUCUCACACUGACCACUGCGACCCCGUUAGACACCAGUGCCAAAGCGAGGGAAACGGCCUCGACUGAAUCCGACUCGGUGCCUCAUACGCCCUUCGGUCUCCUAUCGCCCACCGCGGAGGUGCCUACGACGCCACGUCGGCCUACGCGCGGUGUGGAUAUGUACAUGGACAAUGCCGAGACACCGACACACGUCCGCAGCGAGCGACGCAACGAUGGCCGUGUGCGUUUCCUCGAGACGGAAGUCGAUAAGCAUCGCCGCGCUGCCGAACAAUCCCGCAUUGCGUAUGACGAGUUGCGUCAGCAGUACGAAAGCGAAGUGCAGUCGUUCAAGCAGGAUCACGAUACGGUCCAGAAAUGGACGGAAGAGUGGCGUAGACUGUGUGCGCGUCUGGAGCAGCAGCAUGAGUUCUGCCAGCGUGUUCUCGGGAAGGCCGAUGGCCGUGAAGAGAUGGACGGCUUGCUGGACCAGAUCAAGGCGACGUCCGCCAAACCUGCCUCGGCGCAGUCGCGCGACACGGUGGAAGAGGCCGCGACGCUGCUGGCUCAAGUGGAGGAGCACAUUGGCGACAUGGCCGAGGGCUUGGCGCGAGCAGGGGCGAGCGGUCUAGGAAGCAAUGUUAUUGCACAAUUGGAAGAUUACAUUGAGGACCUGGAGACGCAGCUGGCACAGUACCGUGCCGCGUCGCAGUCGGGUCACGGCGAGCACAGUCAUGAAGGUGCUCUUCCAUGGAAGCUGAACGCGCAGCUGGAUCUGUGCUUGUAUGCCAUCAUGGUCAUUAGCGCUAUGCUGCCUGACAAAGAAGCGCUGGCGCAUAGCAUGUCGCUUCCUAUGGAGCGACUUCGUGUGUUUUUUGCCUCGCCGACCCACCCAAGUGCAGCGACGUCGUCCGCGAUGCAGGCAGCGUGGCAAGCCCAGGACCCGGCUGCGUGGUCCAAGAUUCAUGCCAUCCUUGAUACGUCGCAUGCCGCACGCUCACGUACGGUGGACGAUACAUUUGCCGCGCGUGUCCAUGCCCUGCUGGAGGCUGUGACGCAGGAUCCAGAGCAUCGUAUGCAUACCCUUCUUUCGGAUGUAGUGUCGCGCAUCGCCGGCACCCUGGAUACCAGUGCCAUGAUCACCGAGCGGGCCAUUGUGUUGGAGGAUACGAUGCAUCGGUAUACCGAUAUGUCCGCGCCUGUGACGCCCAACAUUGACGAUAUGAUCCCUGAUACACUCUCAUCUGCCCAUGUGCCCUCUUUGCUGUAA